GUUACAGACGUUUCUGGAGGGUCUGCAACGAACAGUAGGCUACUAGCUCUAAUAAGAAACCAAAUCAGUAAAAGAAAGAAUAGCAAAGAAGAAGAAUUUUGAAGAAAAAGUACCUCGAGCAUCCCAAUUUAGGAAGCCGAUAUGGCCUGGCAAACAACCGUUUCUGGUCUUCUCAUGGUCUUUACGAUCCCUUCUGCAGACGCAGUGAACAUGUUUGACCCCAAACUCUGUUACAUCCUUGACGGCUUCCUGAUGUUCUACGGCGUGAUGAUCACAGCCCUCUUGGUUAAAGAGAGGUGUGGCAGGCCAAAGACCGCCCAAGGCUCAGAGAAGGCACUCUCAGGAAGUGGUCGUGAUGUGGAAAGUGGCUCUAACCGCGGACGUAGACAGCAAGAGGAGGAUCCAUACGCGCGCUUGAAUAAAACUACAGAGGAUACUUACAAAGAAAUCACUACGAAGAAAGAUCGUCGUCGUCAUAAAGAUGACCAGGUGUACCAGGACUUGAAACCUGGCAUCAAAGACACGUAUGACAGAUUGCACGCCAAGCCACGCCAUCCACCCCCGCGCUAAGAUGACUAGCUCAACUGAAACGAGCGGAUAUGAGUUUCUAUUUUCCCCUUGAUUCAAUAUACAAAACCAAUGACUCUCAUCCACUGAUUUUAUUUGCUCUUCACUUAAUUACUCAUAUCUAAUAUUAGUGGUUAGUUCACGUAUGAAACUCUUAGUCUAGAGAAAAAAAAUACAGAAAAACAGAAACUUAAACAGAAAGAAAUUGACAAAAUGGCUAGUUAGAGUAGCAUCAGUACCAGCAGUGAUAGCUUCACAGCUAUCACAAACAAGCUAACUAAAUCUUGUGACCGUCACUAGCAAACCAUUUCAUCUCUGUUUUGAGCAUUUCAUGCUAUGGGUUUGUGACCUUGACAAGAGCUAUAGGACUCAUUUUGACAGUUCCUGAGAAGCCAAGAGACAAAGCUUUACUAAUUUAUUUGGAACUAUAAGAACAACAUUAUGAAUAUCAUGUACAUACAUAUACAAUUAGCCUACAACUGCCUCUCAUACAGUAUACAUGCACAUAGUAGCCUAAUGGAUGCUUUGUUUAAAUGGUAAUUCACAUUUACAUUUAAAAUGCUGAUAUGCGUAAUGCUUAUUAGUUGGGUCAGUUGCUGUACAGAAAAAAGCAGGCUAGGUUACUGUCAAAGUGCUAUCAAAGUAGUCAAUAUUGAUGAAAGAGUUGACCUUAAAAUCACCUACCAGAAGGUUAUCGUGUCCUUGAAUUGAUUAAUUCUGCAGAUGAACAUAUACAUUUAUGAUUUUGAAAGCCUCCACUGGGCCGUAAACCUACUGUUCUCUAGUACCAAUGUUGAAAUUAUGAGGCCAUAGGCUAAUUGGACCAGCAGAUUAAGAUUUUCUUGUAUCAACUGAAGUUUUUGUUUCUUGCAUGUGCCUGAUAAAAGGUUAUCUUAUAGCUUAACUAGAUUGCUGAUAUACACACUAAAUGUAACCUGCUUAGAAUAAAUGAUAAAGUGUAACCUGUUUAGAAUGGAUAGCUAGCCAUAGCUAGCAUGACUUCAUCAGCCAUAGUGUAGCCUACUUUACAUCCUCUGCGGUUAUGUGUUGAAGAACAAGCCUCUGCAGCUUUCUCAAUAUCUGUUUUGUACAUUCACACUAUUGGCGAUCAAAAAGCUUCAUAGAUGUAUGGAGUACAAAAAGAAGUUAAGGAGCUGAAUGUAAAUUUAAUAUCUAGGGUCCACCGAACACAUGGGACAGGUUUAACUGUGGGAAGUGCAUGAUAGGCCACAUAACAUAUUUAGGACUUAGUAAAGGGUUACAAACUCCCAGCUAACCUCUUUGGGGAGGCAAUCACAAUUGUGCCAACAUGUAUCCACACUUGAGUGUCUUUCAGUCGAUGCAGUAAAGGGACACAAUGCAGGCUUCACCCUUUUUUGUGUGUUUUUGUAUAGGUAAUCUCAGAUAAAAAAGGGCAGAUAAAUAACCUAGUUCUUCUAGUUGGCUGUCCACUUUUCAACAGUUUGGUGCUCUGCUUUCCAAAUAUACAGUAGUUAACUUUGCCAUUACCAAGUAUAUUGUUGACUAAAUAACUAGUCAGUUGUGCUAAUGUGCUUACUUGUCUUAGAUUAAUUACCACAUGUAACCUACUGCCAUGUAAACCCUGCACAAGUAUAUCUUAAGGCUUUUAUUUGUUGUGAAUAAUUGUAUACCUUUGGUUAUGUAUCUAAAUAUGUUGUUGCUGUUGGAAACAUGGUUUCCCUUGUUCUUACCCUAAUUGAACUUAGAUUAAUAAAAAUAACUAUGAAAGCUUAA